AUCACAGCCCCCCGCCUCCGCACCAUGCCCUUCUGCCUGGCCAGGCAUCCGAAGAAGAGCAGGCGUCUGCCCAGCGGUGGUGCCGGGGAGCGGGAGAAGGUGCCGGCCAACCCCGAGGCGCUCCUGCUCGUGGCCAGCUCCCAGCGUGACAUGGAGGACUGGGUGCAGGCCAUCCGCCGGGUCAUCUGGGCCCCGUUUGGCGGAGGUACUGCCCGUAGCUCGCAUGCUCACCCUCUAGAACCCUUGCCUCCAGGGAUCUUCGGGCAGCGCCUGGAGGACACAGUCCACCACGAGCGGAAGUAUGGCCCCCGCCUGGCGCCCCUGCUGGUGGAGCAGUGUGUGGACUUCAUCCGGGAGCGCGGGCUCACCGAGGAGGGGCUCUUCCGCAUGCCAGGCCAGGCCAACCUGGUGAGGGACCUGCAGGAUUCCUUCGACUGUGGGGAGAAGCCUCUGUUUGACAGCACAACGGACGUGCACACGGUGGCCUCCCUGCUGAAGCUCUACCUGCGGGAGCUGCCUGAGCCCGUGGUCCCCUUCGCCAGGUACGAGGACUUCCUCAGCUGCGCCCAGCUGCUCACCAAGGACGAGGGGGAGGGGACUCUCGAGUUGGCUAAACAAGUGAGCAGCCUUCCCCUGGCCAAUUACAACCUGCUCAGAUAUAUCUGCAAGUUUCUGGAUGAAGUUCAGUCCCACUCAAAUGUCAACAAGAUGAGCGUCCAGAACCUGGCAACUGUUUUUGGACCUAAUAUACUCCGGCCACAGAGAGAAGACCCAGUGACGAUCAUGGAAGGCACUUCCCUGGUCCAGCACCUGAUGACCGUCCUGAUCCGCAAACACAGCCAGCUCUUCACUGCGAGGGCCACAGAAGGGCCAGCCACCCCACGUGGGGGCCCACCGUGCAUGGUGGGAUGGGGCUCCGAGGAGGUCACGAAGGACAGCCAGGCAGAGCCCAGCCGCCCCAGUGCCCCUGGCCUGCCCUCACAUAGGACUUCAUCUCUGGACGGGGCCACCGUGGCGGCGCUUUCUAGAACCUCUCCCAAGGGCCUGGGUAGCCCUGCUGCCACCAGCCCUGGAAAGAGGGUGCAGACUCUCCCCCACUGGAAGUCUUCCUUCUGGCAGCCGGGGUCCCGGUCAGGGAGCCCGAAGGUGGGCAGCUCGUCCCUGGAGGUGCCUGUCACCUCCUCCAGCGGGAACUGGCUCGUGAAUGGGCUGUCCUCCCUGCGCGGCCACCGCCAGGCCUCAUCGGGAGACCGGCUCAAGGACUCAGGCUCCGCGCAGAGACUCUCCACUUACGACAACGUGCCCCCGCCCAGCCUCUGUCCCAGCACUCCCAGCGUGGCCAGCACAGCAUGGUCUGGGGCCUCCUCCUGUGAGGCCUCCGCCAGGGGCUCGCUCAGCAGCUGCACAGCCUGCCGGGCCAGCGACUCAUCCGCCUGUAGCUCCCUGCACACUGAGGGGGCCCUCGAGCCCUCCCCCCUCCCCAGCAGCAGCGAGGACCACAGAUGCCCGGACCUGGGCCACGGCCUGGACGAGGUGGGCACCUGCAUCAGCAGCAGCGAGCCCAGUGACCCAGGCAGCCCCACCCAGGACCGUGCCCGCCGCUCCGAGGCUCUCCAGGGCCUGGUCACGGAGCUGCGGGCGGAGCUGUGCCGGCAGAGGACUGACUACGAGACGAGUGUGAAAAGACUCGAAGAAGGUAGUGCUGACCUGAGGAAACGAAUGUCACGGCUAGAAGAAGAACUAGACCAGGAAAAGAAAAAGUACACCAUGCUGGAAAUCAAGCUGAGGAACUCGGAGCGGGCGCGGGAAGACGCGGAGAAGAGGAACCAGCUGCUGCAGAAGGAAAUGGAGGAGUUCUUCUCCACCCUGGGAAGCCUGACAGUUGGGGCAAAAGGCGCCAGAGCCCCCAAGUAGAGGGGUAGGAAUAGCUCCCUUCUGCCGUGUUGCUCGCCCGCUCCCAGCAGACACGGCCGCCGGCCUCGUGAGGAGCCCAGAGCCCCUGCAGCCUGGACCUGGGCCUCGGUGGUGCCGGGAGCCCCAGAGCCAGCUGGAGAGAGAAGUCCUGACACCUGGGGUCCUGCUGGGAGCCUGAGCCCCACACCGGAUCUGGAUGUCCCUCUGACUGUGCAGGCCCUGGCGGGUGUCAGAGGGGACAGUCCCAUGGCCACCAAAACAGACGGCACCCAGGAUCCGAGUAGCCCAGCAGGAGCGUUUUGCAUUCUUCAUUAAAUUUGCUCUGAAAGCA